GGUUAAGCGGGAGUCAGGAGGGAGAGGUUGUAAUGCACUUUGGGGUGACUUUAUAAAUGAAUUGGGUAGAGUUGAACCUUCUUACGAGUGUGAACAAAUGCUAAUUUAUCUAUCCAUAAUUUUGUAUUUCAACGUGGUAUUUCGUAUUAGCACAGCCCGAGAUGACUGGAGUCUGAAGCUGUUUAGGGAGCAAAGGAGCCAACUUUUCUUUGGAGGUGUUAAUUAUCCUGGCAAAAUUAAAUUACAUCAGCUCUGUAAAGGAUUGACUUGGUGCAGACAUCUCGGAGUUCCUAAUGUGGGAUCAGAAUGGGAGCAAACCCCGUUCUCAGCAUUCUGUUUUCUGUACUCCAAUACACAUUGAGGUGGGGUGGGUUUUUCUCCCAAUUACUGUUUCUUAAUCACAGACUCUGUGUUUUCUAUCUCUAUCUUCAACUUUGUUUUUGUUUUGUUUAAUCAACUCCCCACCCACUAUCCCAAACCUCUUCAACAGAGCUUGAGGAAUUGUGCACACAGAUUUUAUGCAGAGGAAAUAGGAUCUACGUGUUCAGAGGGACACCCAUCUGGCCCCCUCGAUGUUAAAUAAAGGCUCAGACAGGUUGGGAGUAUCCGCCAAGCACAGGAAGUCCUCCUUCCCUUCCCACCUGUCCCAGGAGACUCUGAGAGGCAGGGCUGAGAACAAACCCUGUGCUCUUUGCUGCUUUCCCCAACCUCUUAGUCUUGUGCUCAUAACUUCAGCUCGCAUCUGAUUUGCCUAGCUUGUCUUUGGCAUCCAUCAAUGAGCCCUUCUUCAAGGAAUGCCCUGGUCUAGCUGUGGAGAGUGUGGUGGUGGUCCUUUCCAACAUGGGUGUUCAGGUUCUCACUGCUUAAGAGAAGGUGUUAGGAGUGGAUAAAUGAUGUGCACUGCCCUGAGCCCCAAGGUUCGCAGCGGACCCGGCCUGUCUGAUAUGCAUCAGUACAGCCAGUGGCUGGCCAGCAGACAUGAAGCUAAUUUGCUGCCGAUGAAAGAAGACUUGGCCCUGUGGUUAACCAAUCUAUUAGGGAAAGAGAUAACAGCAGAAACCUUCAUGGAGAAGUUGGAUAAUGGUGCCUUGCUCUGUCAGCUUGCAGCAACUGUGCAGGAGAAAUUCAAAGAGAGCAUGGAUGCCAACAAGCCUGCCAAGACUCUGCCACUGAAGAAGAUUCCCUGCAAAGCCAGUGCACCCUCGGGCUCCUUCUUUGCCCGAGACAACACAGCCAAUUUCUUAUCCUGGUGCCGGGACUUGGGGGUGGACGAAACAUGCCUUUUCGAAUCUGAAGGCCUUGUUCUGCACAAGCAGCCCCGAGAAGUGUGUCUCUGUUUGCUAGAGCUUGGCCGGAUCGCAGCCAGGUAUGGUGUGGAGCCUCCUGGUCUGAUAAAGCUGGAAAAAGAAAUUGAACAAGAAGAGACACUUUCUGCCCCGUCUCCUUCGCCUUCUCCUUCGUCCAAGUCUUCAGGAAAGAAGAGCACUGGGAACCUACUGGAUGACGCAGUAAAACGAAUCUCUGAAGACCCUCCCUGCAAGUGCCCAACUAAGUUCUGUGUGGAGCGGCUCUCUCAAGGUCGAUAUCGAGUGGGAGAGAAGAUCCUCUUCAUCAGGAUGCUGCACAACAAGCAUGUGAUGGUCCGCGUGGGAGGAGGCUGGGAGACCUUCGCAGGCUAUCUGCUCAAGCAUGACCCCUGCCGCAUGCUGCAGAUCUCCCGUGUGGACGGCAAAACAUCCCCUGUCCAGAGCAAAUCCCCAACCCUGAAGGACAUGAAUCCAGAUAACUACCUGGUGGUCUCUGCCAGCUACAAGGCUAAGAAGGAGAUUAAAUGAAACUGGUCCCUGAAAGGGCACCCAUACAAUGGCCUGUGUCCAUUCUACAGUGUAGCCAAUGUAGUUCACAUGCUCUGAGAGCCACACACAUCAUCAGGCAGGAAAAGUCUCAAAAGGUAGCACUAUUUAUUUUUAAUGCAUCUGUAGAACUUCGCCUAAGGGAACAAAAUUCUAAACUCAGAACAAAAUCAGACAAAUUGUAAGCAAAUCAUUAUUUCUCAAUAUGUAAACAUAGUAUUUAGAACAAACCGUAUUAGGAACUCCGUUCUAGUUACAGCCAUUGGAGGUGAACAUGCCUAGGAGACUGUAUUUUGCAUGUAUGGAUAGGUCAACAGAAAGUGCCUGCUGUAUGUCUAUGAGCUAAAGCACCCCAGACACUUUUAUAAUGGGAUUUUAUAGCUAUUUUUUACAAGAUGACAAUGUGAUAAUGUGCUACUAAAGUUGUCCAGCAGCACUAUACAGUACAGAGAGUCUUCACAGCCAUAAUACUUAACUGGAAGGGCCACUUCAGAGAUGUUUACAUUCACUUGCAAGAUUGCCUUAAAGUUCAUCUCUGAUCCCUGACCAAACCAACCUCUGGGGUGCUUUGGAUGUUGCCUGUGCAGCCCCUUAGGAAUAGCAGGUACCUUUCACACACCGACACACACACACACACACACACACACACACACACACACACACACACACACAGGAGCUAUGUUUAGGAUCACUUAGUGAAAUUCACAUGUAUAAGCUGGCAUACAUUCACAUGUUGAUGUGCAGACCGCACAGUCAAAUGUUCAUCAGCUUUGUGAUUUUGUUUAUUUCAAGCAUUUUCUUAUUAAAAUAUAUCUUAGUUAGUCCUAUUCUACUAUGCUGUCUCAUGAAGUAAAUCCACUGUAGUGAAUGAUGUUACAGACUUGUAUACCCAGGACAGGGCUGUUUUGUACCAAUAAACAGCAAGAUAUUGUCCACACUGAUUUAAGAAUUAAAAAUGAAAAAUUAAAAAAAAAACACACAUUAUCUGUCUCUGUAUCAGUGCUUCAACCUAAAAUAAAGUUAAUCUUCAAACUCCUAA